GGCAGCUUCGCAGAUCUCCUUCAUGGCGUGAUAGAGUGACCCGAUCCUGCCAGCGUCAUCGCUCUCGGGCACCGGCAGCAUGGGUGAUUUCUUUGCCAACCUGAAGAAGGAUCUGGCGGGCGGCAAGAAAGCACUCUAUGAGGACAAGAACAAGCCUGGGAAAAGUCCGCCUUCGUCUGUCAAAACCGGUCGAGAUGGGUCUGGGAGCAGCCCGAGCCAUGUGGCAUCCACUGGCAGCAAGGGAGAGAUGCCCCGAGAGGUAGAGAGGCAGCCGGCCAGCCUGGGCGGGAAGAACCAGGGAGAUCAGCCUGAUGCCAAGACUACAUCCUUCAUCUUCAAGUCGGGGCAGAACAAGGUGAGCAUGACACGCGCGAACUGCUGACUGUCUGAUUGUUUCUUUGAUUGGUUGGUUGGUUGAUUGAUUGAUUCAUUGAUUCAUCAGACCACGACAGACCAUGUUGGUGCCGGCAGCGAAGCUGGCGACGGCGAUGCAGACAACCACCAACCCAGCGGCCCGCCUCCACCACCAGGGCGUCAGAUCAGUGCUGCCGAGAUGUGUGGUCUGAUAGGGCAGGUGCUCCCCACGGCCGACAAGUGGACACAGGGGCGCGCAAUGAGCUUCAUCAAGACGAUGGCCAGGAAGGAGAGGCAGCAGCAGGAACGGCAGAUGAGGGACCCCGCCACCGACGACCAAACGAAGAAGGUGCGUGCCAUGGUGUGGGCGGUGCGGGAGAUGUGCGCCCACGACCAGCUGGUGCCGCCAGACCAGCGCAAGAGCGUGCGCCUUAAGGAGGAUUGCUCACUGCUGUCCCAGCUGCGCACCCCAGGCCACCUCGACCCGUCGUUCAUGGACGGGCUGCUCUUCCGCCACGCCCUGCAGGCGUGUGUGGUCCACGGGGCGGCCGGGUCGCUCGAGGUGCUGCUGAGGGAGACGCUCGUAAAGCCGACCGACAAGGACAAGAAGAAGCUGAGGGUGGGUGAGGUGCGGGCCAAGAUGGGCAGCAAGGUGCUCAAGUGGAGCCACAUGUCACUGGAUGCUCUCGACUCGUCGUGGAUGUACCUGGACGAACCCCUCAAUGCCGUCACUGAAGGUGGGCAAGUACACGAAGACAGACGGGUCGUGAGCAUGAAUGUUGCUUGUGUGGAUAUGUGUUGUCAUUCGUGCAUGCAUCUGGUCAGAUUAUGUGAGGGCGCCCCUCCCUGUGCAGGCAGCCAUCGCCGACGCACCAGCACAGAUCAUGCAGGUGUGCCGUACACAGCACCCUUGUAGGGCAGCAUGUCACGGAUCUGGCCGCCCUAUCACGGAUCUACCUGUGUGCAGCUGCUGGUCGAGUAUAAUGUCGACAUCAACGAGAUGGGCCUCGUGGCUCUGGCUCCUCAGACCAAAGACAAGAUGGUGACAUCCCCACUUGGUCAGUGAGUGUCGUAAGAAAGGGCAAGACAGAAGGAGGAGUGCCAGAUGGAUGUGAGUGUGACUUUGGGUCCUCAGGCGCCGCUGCUUUUGUGCAUUCACCUGAGACCCUCGACUUCCUUCUGCGGCAACCGCACGCCGACCCAUCAGUCCUCUCCGAGGGAGGCCCUCUUGCCGGUCUCAACCUUUUACAGCUGGCCUGCGGAGCUCUACACGAGCCGCCGCCGAGCAGCCAGGAUGAUGCCGGUGAGUUACUGAUCAAUUGAGCCAGAUUAGCUCGUGUUGAGACUCUUGUGUGUUGUGACAGCACCCAAGCCCCCGCUCCAGCCCAAGGCCAGCAGCCGCAAGAGUCGCAAGAAGGCCGCCAGCAAGGGCAAGUGUGACGAUUCACAAGUGCAAGAGGGGCAGCAAGAGGGCAAACUUGUCGACAACGGCGGCAUUGUCCAAGGCGGGGAGCAACAGGAGGCCGGCGGCAGUGGAGACACAUUCGACGCCGCAGCACAGGAAUCAAAGGGUGGGGCUGCCUGGCUGAUCGGGGAGGGGUUCAAGCUCACCCUCGCGAGAGUGAAGGAAUUGGCACAGGAGAAGGAGACGGCCCGGCAGUCGAGUGCAGUGGCCGUGCUGGAGGCGCUCGAACAUCACGGCCUCACGCGCAGCGCACCGGGCAAGGGCAAAGGGGGCCGCAGCAAGGGCCUGCACUGCCGUACCAUGGCGGGCAAUACGCUUCUGCACCUGGCGGCCAUUAAUGGGUGGUCUAGGGUGGUCGAUUGGCUCCUCGCAAAGGGAGUCGACGCCGAGGCCGUCAACACGGAGGGACUAACAGCACUCGACGAAGCACGCCGAAACGGCUGGAAGGUAAGCGAAAGGAAAGGUCCGACGGCGGCCGGCCGAGGACAGCCAUUGCUGUUGAGGUGUAUUCUUGUUUGCUUCAGUCGUGUGUGGAUCUGCUGGUUGCGCACCUCGAGUCGCGUCGGAAGGCUGUCGCGGCCGAGCUGCUGCACGAGGAGAGGAUGGCGCGUGAGAAGGAGGAGAGGGCCGCCAGGAAACGAGAGCAAAAGCGACUCAAGGUACUGCUGUCAUCGAUCGCGUAGCCCUGAAUGUAUAAUGCCUUCCUGUGUGUGAUUGCCAUCAGCGGCUGUCUGCAACGGGUCAGCAGGGAGGGGCAACAGCCGACACACCGGCGGCAGAUGAGGAGGUGGAGAUGGAUGACGGCCCACAGCACGAGGGACGGGGAGUGGGUGAUGUGACGGAGGAAGCUGCUACGCCGAGCUGCCCCCCAGACGCACAUGACGACAGGUAUAUGCAGGACCGCCGACACCUCCAUCUCGAUACAUCUGUACUUGUGUGGUCUGCAGUGUCGAGCCCGCCCUCUCUGAUCAGCCCAGUGACCACCAGCAGCAACAUGCCCUCAGCCAUGAGCCUCCAGAUGACAUCGGCCGCUCGCCCAUUCCCUCUACCGCUCUCCCACCUGCACACAUCGCAUCAACCAGCCACUUGUUGGCUGACCCUUACUACCAGCCGCCCAGCUCAUCGUAAGUCACACAGAGGGCCCUUAACACACAUGGAGUCGAUUGGUGGUGCCGUUUUGUGUUCUGUGUGUCAUCCAUCCAUCAGGUCAUCGUUUGUCGACCCGCCUGUGCCAUCGACGGUCAGCACCACACCGGCCGACCGGCCCUCCACAGCCCAGCCGUCAGCCCGACCGGACGAGUAAGGCAGCAGACACAAUCGGUCCGCCGUGUGGCCUUUCGCUGACAAUGUGGCCAAUGUGUGUGCAGCUUCCCCCCGGCUGAUGGCAUGGCUCAGCUGCGGGCUGAGCUGAAUGACGCCAUCGACAAGAAGGAGAGGUCAGACGGACACCACACGGCUGUGUGUGUCUGUGACGCAGCCAGACUGUCGCGUGUUGGUCUGUGUAUCGUCCAUGCCUGUGAGCAGUCUGGAGGCUCAGUACGGCGAUGUGCUUGAGGCCCGUCGGCGGGCGACCGAACGCGUCAAGGAGCUCAAAACAAAAAUACGACGACUCAGAUACGUCACACCCAAGUGAGCGAUACACAAAAGGAGAAGGUCCCACACAGCAGCUCCACUCUGUGUGCUGUUGAUGCAGUCUGAGCCAGGAUGUGUUGGCGUCAUUGGCCACUGCUGCUGAAGUGCGUGGGUUCGAGGCCAAGAUCAAUCGCGAGGAGGAACGGCUCGACGAGCUGCUCGUGGCCGCCUGCCAGCAUGCCACCCAGCUGCAGAGCGGCGCACUCAAAGCCAAGAGGGCACCCGCAGCCGAGCAACAGAGCGCCCCGGCCGCUGCCGCUCCCUCCUCUGCAGAUGGGUGGGAUGGGGAGAGAGGGAUGACCAUGUUCAGUGCAUCUCUGUGUCGCUCCGUUGUGUGUGUAUCAAUCAGGUGUGGCUUGCCAGUGUGUCAUGAAAUGAGUGUGUUGCUGAACGAGUCGUCGACUGAGGAGCAGCUGAUCGAGGCCACAGAGCACAUCCGAUGCGACAUAGACCAGUAAGACAGAGCGCUCCCCAUGCCAACCAACAGCCAUACCCCUGCACACGUAUGUGUGUGUCAGGCUGGAGUGUGACAUCUCUCGGAUGACGGAGGACCACAUCAAGGCCGAGGCGGCCCUCCAGACACUCGAGCAAGAGCACCACACACUGCAGCAAGAGGCAAACAAACGGUAACCAAACGCCCGCCGACACACACACACAGCCCGUUAUGCGCCUCUCUCUCCCUGUUUGUUUGUCCAUCGUCAGGCUGACCCCUACUCGUCUCGAGUCGCUCACGAGCAUCGCAGCGGUGGACGCCUUCAGGCGCGACAUCAAGAAGGCCAAACAGGAGCUGCGAGAUCUGGCCAGAGACGCCGCUGUGCGUCACGCUGCACUCGAGAAGGAGGAGACGGAUGCCGCUGCCGCUGCCUCUGGCGAUGGCGGGGAGGGCACCUGCGUUAUGUGCAUCUCCGAGCGGCCAAUCGUGGUAUUCUUCCCGUGUCUGCAGGUCAGCGGCCACACACACGAAUCACAUGCCGUUGCACGUCAUUGUGUGUGUGUGUAUGCAGAAGUGUCUGUGCGAGGGGUGCUGGCGUGAGAUGGCGGCGGCCCACGAUACGGCCAAGAGGGAGAAGGCGCGGCUGGAGGCGCUGGAGCGGCGAGUGCCUGAUAGCAUCGCCCGGGACGCCCAGCUCAAGUGUCCGAUGUGCAACCAGGAGGCCCACUACGCCAGCACCGUCGACGGCAUCCGAACAGCCACGUGACGACAAGACCAUGAGAUAGACCGCUCUGUAUCCCUGUGCGUUCAUUUAAGGGCAUUCUAGUUAGUCGGUCGCAGGCUAACAUCUGACAGGGGGCGAUACAGAGAGGGUAUCGCUGUCGGGCACCGGGCCUAUGUAUCUAUCUAUUUGUAUGUAUCUCUCGGAUCUGAUGUAUUCAUAUGGCAUUUAUCGCGGAGACUUGAGUCAUUAGAUGGUCGUGUCUGCCUCGAUGGCAGGCAGCCAUGGACCUCUUCAUGCAUCCUGUGCGUUGUGCACCAACGCAGCCAGUGGCAUCGAAAUCGCCGGCCACGUGGAUGACAUCCCAUGCAAGACAGGCAAUUUUCCACCCCUACGUGCGUGUUUUGUAGGGCGUACGGAUCCGUUCGAAUGUAUGUAUUUGUGUCCGUCCAUGUAUUGCAGUCGGUCGGUGCACAUGUGUGACCAGUGAACUUUUAUACAGCGACUACGGGGUCGUCAUGGAUUCAAUCCUUCCGCAUAUAUAUAAGCAAG